UCCGCCAAUAACUAAAAAAUAAAUAUUAAAAUUCUCUCUCCCUCUCUCUCUCUCUCUCUCACUCUCUCUUUAAAAAAAAUUUGAGAUCAACACUUUAAUAAAAUAGAAGCAGAGCAAUGUUACCACUUAUCUUUCUCUGUGCCUAUCCCAGGAAACCUCAGCCUAUCCUGUGAGUAGAAGUUAAACAAAUAUUUAAAAUAUAUUGGCUUUAAAAUAUAUUGGCUUGGAGGAUGUCAAAUUAUUAGCUUUACUGGGGUCUUUACUUGUUGUAAUCUGGCACUGCUCCUUUCCUUGUACCCACCUGAAGUACCAUUGUUUCCUCCCAACAGCAAGUUAUGUUUUAGUAUAUUUGCAGAGGCAGGAGGAUAGACUUAUAGAUUGAGGUUUUUUUUUUUCAUUUCUUUACAUAACUUCUUCCCUGGUCCUCUCUGAAUAUCUUUAUUAGAGAAACCAGCUAGAAUUUAUUUGAUACCUUUAUUCUGAUUCUCUCCAUACUCUCUCUAUGCUCUUUUUCUUCAUGUCUCCUUCUAGAUGUCUAAUAACUAAUCCUUUCUGUAGUCUUAAUAACUGAUAGGUAGUUAGCUUCUGAAGGAAACAAUUAUUACCUGGUUGGAAGGCUAAAACAAGAAAGGCUCUGUAAUUAACACUUUUUAGUAGCAGGGAAACCUGAUUCUUUCUGGAGAUUAGGGAAGAAGUGCAUGGGAAGGAAGGCUGUGUUAAUGGAGCCAGUAGAGGACGGGGCAGCAGUGUAUUGAUUGACUUUAUUCAGAAUUGUUUCCCCAGGAAUCUUAGUUUUCUAUGGGAAAGGAGAUCAAGGAUCACUUAUAUAGAACUGUCAGGGAAAGACCAUGAAAUAUUCAUAAGGAGUAUCAUGAAAAUUGGCCCUCUUGGUUUCACUGGUAUUGCUAGCUGCCUUUAGGGAAGAUGUGAAUCUCAGUCAGAACAGAUAAAUAUAUGUCUUAGGUUUCUUCUGAAUUUUCACUUGGUACUCCAUUUCCAUGCACAUGGAGCCACAGGUGCAAGUGUUCUAUGAAAUGUUCAAGGUAAUAGCCAGAUAAACUUAAUAUGAUUAAAUAUAAUCAAGUUAACAUUUAGUUUAGCUAAUAGGUCUUCAGGAUGGAGAUAUAUUAUGAACAUUUUACAAAGUGGUAUAUCUUAAGAGGAGGUAUUUUAGCAUAAAAUUUGGGUAAAGACAUAGAAGGGGAGGGAAAUUCAGAUAAACACAGAAAGAGUAAAAUCUUGGGGGAAAAGGACAAGUAUAAAAUGGGUUGGGGACAACUAAUAAUGUGGAAAGGGAAAAAUGGAUGAAAGAAAAAAAAGAUAGAAUGGGGCCAACAUCAUGGGGCAUGUGGUGAUAGAAGGAAAGUGCAACCUUUAUUGUUUCUUGAAACAAUUUGCCAUAGAAGAUCUAUAUGCAAAUGAAGCACCAAGGGCCAGAAGUCAUUCCUAUGCCAGUGAGUAUUCUCUAGGAGAACUUGCUGAAGAGUAUAGCAGUUGAGAAAAUCAUGAUGUCUUCUAAUCUCUGCACAUACUCAGGGAUGCUUUCUAUUUCUGUCACUUUCAGCAGAUACAAAAGCCACUAUAGAAAGAACCAUAAUGUUUAUCAUGACUCACACCAACUUUACUAUCUUCCAUCCUGGAGUUUUUGUCUUACUCGGCAUCCCUGGGUUGGAGGCUUAUCACAUUUGGUUGUCAAUACCCCUUUGCCUCAUGUAUAUCACUGCACUCCUGGGGAACAGCAUGCUGAUAGUGGUCAUCAUCACAGAACGUAAUCUUCAUGAGCCCAUGUAUUUCUUCCUGUCUAUGUUGGCCAUCACUGAUAUCCUGCUAUCAACCACUACUGUACCCAAGGCCCUAGCCAUCUUUUGGCUGCAUGCUCAUGACAUUACCUUUGAUGCCUGUGUCACCCAAGUCUUCUUUGUCCACACAAUGUUUGUGGGGGAGUCGGCCAUCUUGUUAGCCAUGGCCUUUGACCGCUUUGUGGCCAUAUGUGCCCCUCUGAGAUAUACAACCGUGCUAACAUGGCCUGCUGUAGGAAGGAUUGCUGUGGCCAUUGUCAUUCGAAGCUUCUGCAUCAUCUUCCCAGUGAUCUUCUUGCUAAAGCGACUACCCUUCUGUCAAACCAAUAUCAUCCCCCAUUCAUACUGUGAGCAUAUUGGAGUGGCCCGCUUAGCCUGUGCUGACAUUACUGUUAACAUCUGGUAUGGCUUCUCAGUGCCUAUUGUCAUGGUCAUCUUCGAUGUUAUUCUCAUUGCUGUGUCUUACUCACUGAUCCUCCAAGCAGUAUUUCGUUUGCCCUCCCAGGAUGCUCGGCACAAGGCCCUCAGCACUUGUGGGUCUCACCUCUGUAUCAUCCUCAUGUUUUAUGUCCCAUCAUUCUUUACCUUAUUGACCCACCGCUUUGGCCAUAACAUUCCACGACAUGUCCAUAUACUGCUGGCCAAUCUUUAUGUAGUGGUGCCACCAAUGCUCAACCCUAUUGUCUAUGGUGUGAAGACUAAGCAGAUUAGGGAGAGUGUAAUUCACUGGUUCUUUGGCAUCAAGACUUGGUGCUGUGCCUCCCCUUUAGGCUGAUGAGUCCCCAAGAAUUUUCAUGCCCAGCUCCUUCUAGGAAACUAGGUGUGAAAUACACAGACUUCCUGUUUUUUUUCUUCCCACUUUUUAAUCCUUUUACUUAACAUACUACUCCUCCCCCAACUUUUCUUUUUUUCUCAUCUAACUCUUCCUUUUUGCCUCCUUCUCCCUUUAACUUCAUACAUUCCUCCCUAUAAUCCAAAAUGAUCAUUAAGUAUACAUACCUCUAAUAUGAACAAUUGGUGUCUUCAAUAGACUAGAUAUACUCUAGAAGCACAGGAAACUGAACAUUCAUUACAUUAAGGUAGGUUUUAAACAAAUGAAUGAAAAUAAUUUUGUAUUUAACAUCUGAAAAAGUUCCAAUUUUUUAAAAUCCCCAAAUGUGCAUUGAUUCUUCAUACAGAAGGAAGUAGAUUUCCACCCACUUAUACAAUGGAAGGUGUUUUUAAAAACAGCCGGGCAUACCCUUCAGCCACCUGGAAAAUUUCAUCUCAUUCUUCAAAUCUUAAUUUAAGAAUUGCCUUCCCUAUGAGGUCUUUUCUAAUUAAUUUCUCCAGGCAAGCUAAGGUUCUUAGCUUUGCCUGUCUAGUACAUAUUAUACAAAUCUCUAAAUAUGUACAGUAUAUUCUGAUGGCUUGUUCCUUAUUGUAUCCUUAAUUGACUGUAAACUCCUUGAAAUUGGAAGCAUGUGUGUUGUUCAUAUUUGUACCCUUAAUACAUCAAAAUACCUCAUAGAUAAUAAAUGUUUGAAAAAGAA